AAUGGUCAGCGGAAUCACAGUUUAGCACCAUUUGGAUCGUUGUGAAAUAGAGAAGCUAAGAAAUGAACGGCUGGCAGAUAAUAUGCUUCUUACUAGUGGUUUUCGCCUAUAUCGAGCACAAUAAUGCCGCCACCAAGGUGCUCUAUGAAUUCCGCAUUCGCGAGGUUCACAGUGAACGCAAUGAGACGGGCACGCUCAACACCUCGAGCAACAAGACGGGGGAGCCCGAACUGAUAAUCACAGGCAAGCGCAGGUCGCAAUUGAUACUGCCCGGCAAGGACUUGAAUUCCAGCAGCACCGUCUACAAUGAGCUGGUUGUCUAUACGGCCGAUGACAGCGGCUACCAUGUCAAGUACAAUAUAAGCAUAAGGCCACUCGACCUGGACAUACGUCUCGGCGGGAAGACCCUUAAGGUGAUCGUGGGCUAGCUGCGGAACUAGUAUUAUUUCAUUGUAAGUGAAAGUGAGAGUAGCCAACAUUAUUUAACCCAUCCUCAGAGUAGUAUAUUAAUUAAUUUAUUUAAAUAAAUAAUAUACAGACUGGAUCUGUUCUAAGCAAUGAGAAUAGAAUUCCAUCAAAUGAUCAUCGAUUUUGAUUAUCGAGAUAAUAUUAAAAGAAAACAAGAAUUUAUGCAAGACUGGAAUAGUCAGUGAAUUUUAACAAGAAAAAUCAA